AUGUCGCUCUCAAGACCCCUAGCGCGAGCGUGGGCCCAGACGCUGGCUCCCAGCACUCGCAGACACACCUCCACCCAAGCCGGCAAGACCGGGCCCCUCACUGGGAUUACAGUCGUCAGUCUCGAACAAGCUAUCGCUGCACCGUUCUGUACGCGGCAGUUGGCAGAUCUGGGCGCUCGAGUCAUCAAAGUUGAACGUCCUGGUGUUGGCGAUUUCGCGCGCAACUAUGAUACCCGGGUCAAUGGGCUAGCAUCUCAUUUCGUCUGGACAAACCGUUCCAAGGAGAGCCUCGCAUUGGAUGUCAAGAAGCCUCGCGAUCACCAGGUAUUGAUGCGCCUUUUGAGCAAGGCCGAUGUACUGGUGCAGAACUUGGCUCCCGGAGCGAGCGCUCGGUUGGGCCUGUCGCACGAGGAUCUCAAAGCUACCAACCCAUCACUCAUCGUGUGCAAUAUCUCCGGCUAUGGUCCUGAUGGCCCCUAUCGCGAUAAGAAGGCCUAUGAUCUUUUGAUCCAGAGUGAGGCGGGUAUGCUUUCCGUGACAGGAACGGGGAAGGAACCCGCCAAAGUUGGCAUCUCCAUCGCCGAUAUCUCCGCCGGAUGCUAUGCGUAUUCGAACAUCCUUGCCGCGCUGAUCCAACGAGACAAGGAUCCCAAACGACGCGGUUGCAAUAUCGAUAUCUCCAUGCUGGAGAGUAUGGUGGAAUGGAUGGGAUUUCCGAUGUACUACACCUACGCCAACGCCCCUGGUCCAACACCCACAGGGGCAUCCCAUGCAGCGAUCUACCCGUAUGGGCCUUUCGAGACGGGAGAUGGAUCAGUGAUGCUCGGGAUUCAGAACGAAAGAGAGUGGACCAACUUCUGCGACAAGGUCCUUGGGAAACCUGAGCUUGCAACGGACUCGCGGUUCGCCAACAAUUCCUUGCGCUCACAGAAUCGCGAAGAGCUGAAAAUCAUCAUCUGCGAGGUGUUUUCUUCCCUCACAGCCGAUCAAGUGAUUGCUCGCCUGGAUGGAGCUUCAAUUGCCAAUGCUAGUGUCAACGACAUGCAGGGUGUUUGGAAACACCCUCAACUCAAAGCUCGGGGUCGCUGGACGGAGAUCGAGACGCCAGCUGGUACGGUCCCUGCUCUCUUCCCGCCAGGCAUGGAUGCGUCAGCGAAUUUUGCUGCCCGUAUGGAUGCUGUUCCCGCUGUUGGGGAACACAAUGAGUCGAUUCUGGCUGAGCUGGGUAUGAAGGAGUCAAAAUAG